ACAAAACAGAAGAAACUGCUGGAAAUCAAUGGGUUAAAAUUGAAAAGAAAACUCAUUAUAAAGCUUCUAUAGAAAUAGACAACUUGAACACAAAAAAUAUUAAUAGAAAAUGUCAUUUAGUAGAAAAUAAAUUAUCAGAAUUAGGUAAAGAAUUUCUUGGUAUCAAAUUGAGUACUAACAAUGGAAAACAAAAGGUAAUUGAAAAAACAGUAGAACAAGAAUUGGGAACAAUUAUUCAAAUCAAAACAAGAACAUCAGGCCCAUGGAGAAUAGCUGAUGUAGAGUUAAAAGAAGAAUUGGAUGAAAAUACAAUUUUAAACCAAUGGUCAAUAAGGAUUCAAAAAGAUGAUGUUAAAAUGAUGCCUUAUGCCAUAAAUAAAGAAUAA